ACAAUUGCAGCAGACUCCAAGGUUCCGAGUGGCAUUACAUUAUUAGAUGACAUUUUCUCUUUAUCAUCAUUGAAAAGAUUGUAUCUAAACAACUUCAGCAGACUCCAAGGUUUGCCUAAGCUUCCACAGAGUCUAAGAAUUCUUGGAGUAGAAAAUUGUAUUUCUCUGAAAACCUUAGAAUCAUCUUCAUAUAUCUCAUCCAUAGAAUUCUCUGGUGAUUACUGGUUCAAUUUCAAUUACUGUAAUUGCCUGAAUUUGGACAAGAUCGCACGUCGCAGCAUUCUAGCAGAUGCGCAGUUCUAUUUCAAAGAAAUGGCCAAUGCUAUUAACAACACUCUAAGCUCUCCAUUAGAGAUGAAUUCCAUUUCAAAAAUGCUACUGCUGAAAAACACUCUCACUUCAGAUCUCCCAUGCGUUCUUUUGCUGCCUCUCAAUCAGAUCACGUGUUCAUUUGGUAUGAUCCAACGUUUUCUAAUUGGCUAAAUGAUUGGCGUAUAGAGAACAGCUGCAGUGUCAACGAGGCCUCAUUUGAGUUCAAUGCUUCUGAUAAUAUGUUUAAAGACAUGAGAGAAAUGUUACUGUGUUCGAGAAUGGAAUUCACACAGCUUU